UCUGUCCCCACCGUCUUCUUUCGUUCUCCUUUCUUUGUCCUCUUGCACCUUUCCUUUCCCGUCUUCGAGCAGGCCUCGCAUUUACGCGGUUUCACCCACUCAUCGUUUCUGACUGAGUCCGAAUUUUCGUCGUCUCUUCGCCAUCAUGAUGUUCUGCCGUAUUAUCUCUGCCCUCGCUGCGAUCACUUCCGUCUCUGCUGCGAAUAUCCUUGUACAAGUUGGUGCAAACAACGGCUUGACUUACAACCCCUCCUCGGUCAAUGCCUCUGUGGGUGACACCAUUGCCUUCCAAUUUUUGGCGAAGAACCACUCUGUCACUCAAUCGACCUUUGCAAGCCCGUGCAAUUCGAGUGGUGUCGACUCCGGUUUCUUCCCGGUAACUGCAAACGCAUCAGAAGUUCCGCAGUGGAGUUUCACAGUCAACAAUGCAUCCGCGCCUUUGUGGUUCUUCUGUGCUCAAACCGGGCACUGUGCAAAGGGCAUGGUCUUCGCCGUAAAUGCUAAUGCCGCUAAGAGCUUUGAGGCCUUCCAGGCUGCUGCAAUGGCAACCGGCGGCAACACAACGACUGGAACCGGUACUUCCGGAACUGGCGCAACAGGUACUGGUGCCGUAUCUCCGAGCGGAUCAGUCGUGCAGUCUGGUGUAGGAGCGAGCCCAUCACCGACAGCAAGCAGCGCAUUGUCGAAGUUGAGCUUCAGUAGUGCGUCGGCCGCGCUUGCUGUUGUUGGUCUGGUAGCUGGAUGUAUCAUGUGAGAGGGAGAGGAAGAGUUUUGGAUUCUUCGGACUUAGAUCGUUCGGUGGACUGUGUCUGCUAUCUUUUUUUUGGGUUUUGAAAGGAUGUAAUACUAGAAGUGCUUCCAUUGAUGGGGAGCGGAAUAUGCAAUGCUUGGUCGUUGUCUU